AUGGAGAGCACCCGCUUCCAGCUGCUGCCCCUCCUGGGUGCUGCCCUGCUGCUGCUGUUACCUCUGCUGGGCGCCCGUGCCCAGGAGGAUGCUGAGCUCCAGCCCCGAGCCCUGGACGUCUUCAGCGUGGAGGAUGCCUCCCAUGAGAAGGAGCUGAUCGAAGCGCUGCAGGAAGUCCUGAAGAAGCUCAAGAGUAAACGUCUUCCCAUCUAUGAGAAGAAGUAUGGGCAAGUCCCCAUGUGUGACGCUGGUGAGCAGUGCGCCGUGCGAAAAGGAGCGAGGAUCGGGAAGCUGUGCGACUGUCCCCGAGGCACCUCCUGCAAUUCCUUCCUCCUGAAGUGCUUAUGA